CUGCCCUUCGCGCAACUUCUCCACGCUUAGUUUAACUGCAAAUGGGGGAAGAAGCAAAAAAUAGUAUAAAUUGAGGCAGAGCUUGUAACGACUUCUCUCGAGCUCUUUGCUUUCUUCUUCCGCGAGAGUUGCUCUUCUUUCCUUUCCUCUUCUUCAUCGCCUUCUACUUCCGUCGAUCCGGCUGUGGCGGCACCUGAUGGCCGCCGAUCGAGCUCGUCUACCCGCGCAUGUGGUUGGCAUGGCUUUCGCGAAUCAGUACUACCAGAUCCUUACCAGUUCCCCUCAGCUUCUCUUCCGCUUCUACAAGGAGGGAAGCACGCUAAGCCGGCUGGAUCAUCGGGGCGAAAUGAUCUCCGUCACCGGCAUGGAUGCAAUCAAGGAGAAGCUUCUUUCCGUUGACUAUAGCGAGUACAGGGCGGAGAUUAAGACAGUGGACGGGCAGAAAUCGAUGGAUGGCUGUGUUACUGUUCUUGUGGCGGGGUAUCUCACCGGGAAAGAUGACGCCAAGAAAAAAUUUGCUCAAUUUUUUAUGCUGGCCCCUCAGGAUAAGGGAUACUAUGUUUUGAAUGAUAUAUUUCGUCUUCUUGCUCCUGAACAGGCUGAGAAACUGGAACAACAGAAAAACGAGGUACCAGAAGAAGAGAAACUGGAUGAAGCUGAAACUAUUGAUCCUUCAGCUGAGAUUCCUUGUAGUGUCCACCAGGAAGUGCAAACAGGAAAAGAGAUUGAUGAAGUUUCUGAAAGUUUGCAGGCAGUCACUCUGAAUCCUAGUUCUUCUACUACACUGGAAGAGUCACCACGAAGGGAAUCAUAUGCUUCUAUUGUUAAUGUCAUGAAAGAGAAACCUACUCCACCUGUUUCUCCGCCUAUUCCUUCUAAAGCUGCAGUUGUAAAAACUGGCCAACCGGCAUCACCAAUUUCAAUACCAGCUCUCGUGACUGAGAAUGGCUCUGUUACUCCUAAUGCUGCUGAUAGCUACAGAAGGCCAGAACCAGAAGCUGUUGGCUAUUCAAUCCACUUAAAGAAUCUUCCUUUGUAUGUCACACCUGAACAACUACAGGAAGAAUUCAAGAAAUUUGGACCUAUAAAACCUGGCGGAAUACACAUCAAAUGUUUCAGGCACAGUGGAAUUUGCUUUGGUUUUGUGGAUUUUGAAGUGGCUGAUGCUGUUGCAAGAGCAAUAAAGGCUUCCCCUGUAACAAUAGAAGGCCGGCCUGCGUUUGUUGAGAAACAGAGGUCUAGUAAUUUAAGAGCCAGCAACAGAGGCAGGUACAGAAAUGAGAGGACUAGAGGGCGGAGAUGUCCUAGUGCUGCGAGUGGGGUUUAUGGCAAAGGUGAGGACAGUAGUAGGACAGACUUUGGCGACGGAGGUGGCAGUUGGUCAUGGUGAGGUUGAACCAAAGAGUUGACCGAGGAUCAUCUGGUGGUCGAGGGAAUUGAAGUAGGGACCUACAAGUGACGAAACAUGUGGCAUACCUCAAGCUUUGUUGGCUCUGUCCUUAAAUUGAAAGGCUACUCCCUCUACAUGGCUAGCCACUGUUAGUCUCCUCUCAACACAGCAAUUAAGUUCAGCUUAACAUACUAGUUCAAUGCUCUUACCACAUGCCACCAGAUGGAUAGUUGACAAUUAUAUGCAAUUAGAAGUGAAAAAAAAAUGACAACUUAAUGCCAAAAAAGAGAUGGUAAUUGAUCUCAUUGUGCUAUAUAAACUCUAUUAGUUUCAGCAGACACCAAUGUUAAUAAAUACAAGUGAUUGAGAUUUUUCGAAGUGUAAUCA